AUGGCGUCUUGCCAUGCCGCCCGCGCGCAACAAACUACACGUGUGUCCGACCGGGUACAGUCUUGCGCCUUCGUCCAGUACGCCCACAGAGCGAGCGCCGAGUUCGCCAAGGAAGCGAUGUCGAACCAGUCUCUCCUCACCGCCGAGAAGCUCGCGUCCAACAGAGCCGCCGGCGAGAGACGGAGAGAAAAAAGCACCGGACCAAGCCGGCCGCCCUCGUCAGCCUCCUCCGGUAGCGGUAGCGGCGGCGGUGACGGCGGAGACGAUGGGCCCGUGCUGCACGUGCGAUGGGCCGCGGAAGACCCCAAUCCCCGGGCCGUUGUCCAGGCGAGGGCGGGGCACGCGCAGACCCUCUUGGCUGCCCAGGUGGCUAACGGUGCCCUGCCGUCCGACGUCGCCGGCCGGCUCCCGGGGGCAGACCGCGCCCUUUUAAGGAAGGCGGGAAUGGACCCGCGCAAUCCCUCGCAGGCCGAUCUCGAGCUCCUGAACACGCAGCGGCAGUACCUCGCCGUACAGGGGCACCCUGAGGCGAACGGCGAGUACCCCAACACUGACCAUCAGUACCCGCCGAACAUGGAUCAUCAUUACCCCAACACGGAUCAUCAGUACCCCAACACUGAUCAUCAGUACCCGAGCACGGAUCAUCAGUACCCCAUCACGGAUCAUCAGUACCCGAGCACGGAUCAUCAGUACCCCAGCACGGAUCAUCAAUACCCCAUCACGGAUCAUCAGUACCCCAAGAUGGGUAAUCAAAAUCCAAGCGCAGGUCACCGGCACACGAGCUUAAGCGACGAUCCCGGUGACCGACACGCGAGCACCGACGCACCAUCACUCCAGAGCACGCAUGGCGGAGCAAGACAAGGCUAUCCCGCCCAACCUCUUGGUGUCAGCUCAAGCACGCCUCCUGGCAGCAGCGUCGCGCAGCGUCAGAGUUUCGAGCGACUGCCGCCCGCGGGGGAGGCGGGGGUGGGCGUAGGAAGAGGGGCGGCAGCAGGGGGGGCUGGUGCCGGCGGGUCGCUGUCGCUGCUUGGCGGCUACGGCUCGGGCGAAUCCGACUGAAUAUUUUGUUGCUUGUGGAGUGUAUUGAAGGGUGUCGUCGUUGUUUUUCCGAGGAAGCUGAUGAGUGUGCGGUGGGGCUGUGGUGUUGUCUCCGUCGAUAGGAGUUUGAGCCGGAGUUUUUACUCUGCCCUCGCGUGCCACCAAGUAUGUGCCUGCGAAUGUGAAUCAAACUUGAAGCAGCGCAUUGUAGCUGUGCAGUCUUCCUGUAGAGGUCCCACGGCUAUCACUAUUAUCAUCCCUUGACGUACGACGUGCGUGCAAGUAUGGGAUCACGAGCGUU